UCUUCACCUCUCUACUGCAAGUUCACUCGUGUGUGGAUCCCAGACCCAGAGGACGUGUGGAGGGCUGCAGAAAUCACCCACGACUACCAGGAGGGAGAGCCAGUUCUGCACCUCAGACUAGAGGAUGACUCGCUCCUGAAGUACCCUGUUGGUCCCAAAGAUAACCCUCUACCUUUUCUACGCAACCCCGACAUCCUAGUUGGGGAAAAUGACCUCACUGCACUCAGCUACCUCCAUGAGCCUGCUGUCCUGCACAACCUCAAAGUCCGCUUCUCUGAGUCCAACCACAUCUACACAUACUGUGGGAUCGUGCUGGUCGCUAUUAACCCCUAUGAACAGCUGCCAAUCUAUGGAGAGGAUGUCAUCAAUGCCUACAGUGGCCAAAACAUGGGGGACAUGGACCCUCACAUCUUCGCUGUGGCCGAGGAAGCGUACAAGCAAAUGGCCAGAGACGAGAAGAACCAGUCCAUCAUAGUGAGUGGGGAGUCAGGGGCUGGUAAGACUGUUUCUGCAAAGUACGCCAUGCGCUUCUUCGCCACUGUGGGCGGCUCCGUUAACGAUGCCAACGUUGAGGAGAAGGUCCUGGCCUCCAGUCCUAUCAUGGAGGCUAUUGGAAAUGCGAAGACCACUCGUAAUGACAACAGCAGCCGGUUUGGGAAGUACAUCCAGAUUGGCUUCAACAGGCAUUACCACAUUAUAGGUGCCAACAUGCGCACCUAUCUGUUGGAGAAGUCUCGAGUUGUCUUCCAGGCUGAGGAUGAGAGGAAUUACCACAUAUUCUAUCAGCUCUGUGCCUCUUCCACUUUACCAGAGUACAGGGACUUAGCCUUGACCAGUGCAGAGGACUUCACCUACACAUCUCUAGGAGAGAACAUCUUCAUCGAGGGAGUUAAUGAUGCUGAGGACUUUGGGAGGACACGAGAAGCCUUCACACUACUGGGUGUAAAGGAGAGCAGUCAGAACAGCAUUUUCAAAAUCCUUGCAUCCAUCCUUCAUCUUGGCAAUGUGCAGAUCUACUCGGAGAGAGAUGGAGACUCCUGCCGUGUCUCGAGGGACAACACCCACCUAAAAUCCUUCUCCCAGCUGCUCGGAGUGGAGCUGGACCAGAUGCAACACUGGUUGUGCCACAGAAAGCUCGUCACCACAUCAGAGACUUAUGUCAAGAGCAUGUCCUGCAGACAGGCCGCUAACGCUCGGGAUGCUCUUGCCAAACACAUCUACGCACGACUGUUUGACUGGAUAGUUGAACAUAUUAACAUGGCCCUGCACACGUCCUCUAAACAGCACUCUUUCAUUGGGGUCUUGGACAUCUACGGGUUUGAGACCUUUGAGAACAACAGUUUUGAGCAAUUUUGCAUCAAUUAUGCCAAUGAAAAACUUCAGCAGCAGUUUAACUCGCAUGUGUUCAAGCUGGAGCAGGAGGAGUACGUGAAGGAGCAGAUCCCCUGGACCUUGAUAGACUUCUAUGAUAACCAGCCAUGCAUCGACCUGAUAGAGACCAGACUGGGCAUUCUCGACUUGCUGGAUGAAGAGUGCAAAGUGCCAAAAGGAACCGAUCAGAACUGGGCUCAGAAGCUUUAUGCACACAGCAGCAGUGCCCACUUCCAGAAACCCAGGAUGUCCAACACCUCGUUCAUCAUCAUACACUUUGCUGACAAGGUGGAAUAUCAAUGUGAAGGGUUCCUUGAAAAGAACAGAGACACUGUCUAUGAGGAGCAGAUCAAUAUCCUGAAGGCUAGUAAGUUCCAGCUUGUAGCGGAUCUGUUUCAGGAGAAGCCUGAAGGAAGUUCAUCUCUUUCCAGUAAGCCUGCUAGAGUAAACGUUCGGGCUGCAAAGCCCACUCCUAAGGCACCCAACAAAGACCACAGGAAGAGUGUGGGACUGCAGUUUCGCAGUUCUCUUCAGCAUCUCAUGGAGACCUUGAAUGCCACGACCCCUCAUUAUGUGCGCUGCAUUAAACCUAACGACGACAAGGAGGCCUUCCUGUUCGACUCGAGGCGAGCCGUGCAGCAGCUGAGAGCCUGUGGGGUUCUUGAGACUAUUCGUAUCAGUGCUGCUGGGUAUCCAUCCAGGUGGACAUACCCAGACUUCUUCAACAGAUACCGAGUGCUGAUGAGCAAGUCUGACAUGACCAGAGGAGAUAAGAAACUGGUCUGUAGGAACCUGCUGGAGACAGUGAUAAAGGAUCCAGACAAGUUCCAGUUUGGUAAGACCAAGAUCUUCUUCCGAGCUGGUCAAGUAGCCUACCUGGAGAAGUUGAGGGCUGACAGGUUUCGCUCGGCCUGCAUUAGAAUCCAGAAGACGGUGCGAGGCUGGCUGCAGAGGGUCCGCUUUACAAAGAUCCGGAAGUCGGCCAUCACUCUGCAGAGAUAUGGUCGUGGUUACCUGGCUCGCAGGUAUGCUGAGCAGCUGCGUCUAACUCAUGCCGUUCUGGUCUGUCAGAAGCAGUGCCGUAUGGUGAGCAGCAGACGGGCGUAUCUGAGAGUGAGACAAGCUGUUGUCACAAUCCAGGCCUACACUAGGGGCAUGUUCACCCGCAGGAUUUUCCAGGAGUUCCUGCUGCACCACAAGGCUAUGAUCAUCCAGAAAGCUGUGCGUAGCUGGCUGCAGAGGAAGAAGUUUAAACGGGCACGUAAUGCUGCCGUGACCAUCCAGUGUGCUUACCGAUGCAUGCGUGCAAAGCGUCAGCUGAAACAGCUGAAGAUAGAGGCCAGGUCUGCUGAACAUCUCAAGAAGCUCAACACGGGCAUGGAGAACAAGAUUGUCCAGCUGCAGAGGAAGAUGGAUGAUCAGUCCAAGGAGUACAAAGCCCAGAAUGAGCAGCUGGUGGUGGCCAACACCAGCCUGGGCACCGAGGUGAGCAAGCUGCAGAAACAGCUGGCGGAGGCUCGUACUCGCCAAGGGGACGGCGGUGAGCUGUCUUCUCUACAGAACGAGCUGGAGAAGCUGAGGGUGGAGCUGCAACAAGCGCACGCCCAACGCAAGACACAGGAAGAGGAGCACAGCAGUGAGAAGCGAGGACUCGAACAGAAAGUGGAAGAGCUGGAGAUAGAAAACGCUUUGCUGAAAAGUGAAAAGGAGGAAAUGAAUCAGAGGUUUCUUAAACAGUCUCAAAGCACUGAAGACCAGAAGAGCAGUGCUUCCCAGAAGCAGGUCCAUCUGCAAACUGAGCUGGAUCAGGAGAGACAGCGCUACCAGAAUCUGCUGAAGGAGUUCUCCAGCCUGGAGCAAAGAUAUGAUAAUCUGCAAGAGGAGAUCUCCCUAGCCAAGUUCCAACCAGGCCACAGGAGAAACCCAUCAAAUCAGAGCAGUUUAGAAUCUGACUCUAAUUACCCCUCCAUCUCCACCUCAGAGGUUGGAGACACUGAAGACUCCAUUCAGCUGGUGGAGGAAAUGGGAGUAGAAAAGGCUGCUAUGGAUAUUAGUCUGUUCAUGAAGUUGCAGAAGCGGGUCAGAGAGCUUGAGCAGGAGCGAAAGAGACUACAGAUAAAUCUUGACAAGAUGGAGGAGCUCACCAAGUCCAAGGGUGUUGAGCCUAGGAGCCCAACUUCAGAGCAGGAGAGUGCAGAUCUGGCAUACGACAGUCUCAAGAGGCAGGAGCUGGAGUCAGAGAACAAGAGACUGAAGAGUGACCUAAAUGAACUGAGGAACUCCAUCGCUGACCACGCUUCACAAAACAGUUCUUCGAGUGAGCUUCAAGGAGAAUACCACCUUCUGCUGAACCAACUCAAAGCUUCCAGUGAGGAGCUGGAGGUCCGCAAAGAGGAGGUCCUUCUUCUCAGGGCUCAAAUAGUCAGUGCUGCUCAGCAGAAAGAGAAAGAUGAUCAUUCAGUGGUGGAUGGCAACAAUUUGCCUGACUUAAAUAAUCGGGAACAGCCCUUGGAGAAGGAAGAGAUUCUCAAAACGUACCAUGGAGUGUGUGAGGCUAAGAAGCUAUUAGAGACCCGGAUCCAGUCCCAGUCCAGGAAGCAUAAGGAUGAACUGGAAGCUCUUCACACUCAGAUUGAGUUAUUGAAAGAUGAUAUAGAGAAGAAGCAGGAGAUGCUGAACUACACCAUGUGCCUGUCCCCUGACGCCCAGGUUGAGUACAGCAUCCAGCAGGAAAUCACUCGCCUUACCAACGACAACCUGGACCUGAAAGAACUCGUAGAGAAACUAGAAAAGAAUGAGAGGAAGUUGAAAAAGCAGCUCAGGAUAUACAUGAAGAAGGUCCAGGAGCUAGAAGUAUCCCAGGCUGCUACUCAGCCAAGUAAAGUCAAACAUGAGCUAAGUCGCCAAGUGACCGUCCAACGUAAAGAGAAGGACUUUGAAGGCAUGCUGGAGUACUACAAGGAGGAUGAGGCCCUACUAGUCAGAACUCUGAUCACUGACAUACGGCCCAGUGCAGUGUCAGCUACAGUCCCCUGCCUUCCAGCCUACGUACUCUUUAUGUGCAUUCGCCAUGCAGACUACAUUAAUGAUGACCAGAAAGUUGAGUCUCUUCUCACCUCCACCAUUAAUGCCAUCAAGAAAGUCCUUAAGGUAAAAAAUGAUGACUUCCAGAUGACUUCCUUCUGGCUGGCCAACACAAGUCGUCUUCUUCACUGUUUGAAGCAAUAUAGUGGAGAUGAGGUGUUCAUGACUCAGAACACAGCCAAGCAGAAUGAACACUGCCUGAAGAACUUUGACCUGGCAGAGUACAGACAGGUGUUAAGUGACCUCUCCAUCCAGAUCUACCAGCAGCUCAUCAAGGUGGCCGAGGGUAUCAUACAGCCCAUGAUUGUAUCGGCCAUGCUGGAAAGUGAGAGCAUUCCCAGCCUGGCCGGGGUCAAACCGAUGGGCUAUAGGAACCGCUCCUCCAGUGUGGACAACGAUGGUAGCGGUCCAGGCAGCUGUACGAUGGAGGGCCUGAUCAGACAAAUGGCCCAGUUUCACAGUAUCAUGGCCGAGCAUGGUCUGGAGCCGCAGGUCGUCGGCCAGGUGGCCAGACAGCUCUUCCACUGCGUCAACGCUGUUACGCUCAACAACCUUCUGCUCCGUAAAGAUGUCUGCUCUUGGAGCACCGGCAUGCAGCUCAGGUACAACAUCAGUCAGUUGGAGGAAUGGCUGAGAGGAAACAACUUGCACCAAAGCAAGGCGGCGGCUACCUUGGAUCCUAUUAUUCAGGCAGCCCAGUUGCUGCAGGUCAAGAAGAAAACUUCUCAGGAUGCUGAAGCCAUCUGCUCCCUCUGCACUGCCCUCACACUGCAGCAGAUUGUGAAGAUCCUCAACCUCUACACACCACUGAAUGAGUUUGAAGAAAGGGUCACCGUGUCCUUCAUCCGAAACAUCCAGAAUUGUCUUCAGGAGAGAAAUGAUCCUCCCCAACUCCUUGUAGACACCAAACACACCUUUCCUGUGCUGUUUCCAUACACCCCGUCUGCUGUGGCCCUGGAGACGCUCGGCAUACCAGCCUGCCUUAGUCUGGACUUCCUGGUUCGAGUGUGA